UCCAAAUCUCUCUCUCUCUCUCUCUCUAACUCUUUCUCUCUCUCUAGGAACAAGGAAGGAAAGAGAAAAAAAAGAGGAGGAGGGAGAGGAAGAAGAAACCCAAAAAAACAAAAACAAAAACACUUUUUGGUUUUUACAAAACACAAUGGCACUCUCAAACACAGCCACCCUCUCAGCCAAAACCUUGUACAGCAACACCCACGCUUUCUCACACCAGCAACAGCCCAGUUUCUCUCUUGUCCCCACCGCCAACACCAAGCCUGUCCAAACUCGCAUCUCAGCCGUCCAUGCAGCCGAGCCAUCCACAAAGCAGUCAUCACCGUCCGUUCCUGCCGUAGGUUCUAAAUGGGCUGUGGAUAGCUGGAAGACCAAGAAGGCUCUGCAGCUCCCAGAGUACCCUGACAAGAAGGACCUAGAGACUGUGUUGAAGACCAUUGAGGACUUCCCACCGAUUGUGUUUGCUGGUGAGGCUAGGCACCUUGAAGAGAAGCUUGCUGAUGCUGCAAUGGGAAAUGCUUUUCUCUUGCAAGGUGGGGACUGCGCUGAGAGUUUCAAGGAGUUCAGUGCUAAUAACAUUAGGGACACCUUCAGAGUUAUUCUUCAGAUGGGUGCUGUUCUUAUGUUUGGUGGUCAAGUGCCUGUCAUUAAGGUUGGAAGAAUGGCUGGUCAGUUUGCAAAGCCGAGAUCUGACCCAUUUGAGGAGAAGGAUGGUGUGAAGCUCCCAAGUUACAAGGGAGACAACAUAAAUGGUGAUACUUUUGAUGAGAAAUCAAGGACCCCAGAUCCCCAGAGGUUGAUAAGGGCUUAUUGCCAAUCCGCGGCAACUCUCAAUCUUCUUAGGGCCUUUGCCACUGGAGGAUAUGCCGCAAUGCAGAGGGUUAGUGAGUGGAAUCUUGAUUUCGCGGAGCACAGUGAGCAGGGAGAUAGGUACCAGGAAUUGGCUCACCGCGUUGAUGAGGCCCUAGGUUUCAUGGCUGCUGCGGGACUAACGGUUGACCAUCCUGUGAUGAGAACAACUGAAUUCUGGACCUCCCAUGAGUGUUUGCUUUUGCCUUAUGAGCAAUCACUCACUAGGAAGGACUCGACUUCUGGCCUGUACUAUGAUUGCUCUGCUCACAUGCUUUGGGUUGGGGAGCGUACCCGGCAACUAGAUGGUGCCCACGUAGAGUUCCUUAGAGGAGUUGCCAAUCCUCUUGGCAUCAAGGUGAGCAAUAAAAUGGAUCCUAACGAUCUAGUUAAUCUCAUUGAGAUCCUGAAUCCCAAUAACAAGCCAGGAAGGAUAACAAUAAUUUGCAGAAUGGGUGCUGAGAACCAGAGAGUUAAGCUUCCCCAUUUGAUCAGGGCUGUCCGCAGGGCUGGGCAAAUUGUGACUUGGGUCUGUGAUCCAAUGCAUGGAAACACCAUCAAGGCACCAUGUGGACUUAAAACACGUCCCUUUGAUGCAAUUUUGGCUGAGGUGCGAGCAUUCUUUGAUGUGCAUGAGCAAGAAGGGAGCCACCCCGGUGGAGUUCAUCUGGAGAUGACUGGCCAGAAUGUGACAGAGUGCAUUGGAGGGUCUCGGACAGUGACUUUUGACGACCUGAGCUCACGUUAUCACACACAUUGUGACCCAAGGCUCAACGCUUCUCAGUCUCUUGAGCUAUCAUUUAUCAUUGCAGAGCGACUUAGAAAGAGAAGAAUUGGAACUCAACGUCUACUUUCUUUGAGCCUUUAGACAGUUUGGAACUCAACGUCUACUUUCUUUGAGCCUUUAGACAGUACCUCAUCGUUUCUUAUUGAUUGGCAGUCUUGAUGUAUUUGUUAGUGAAUAAAUUUGGUAUGCAUCAUUUACCAAACCUUGAGUUGCAGGUGCCACUUAUUGCAAUACUAGCAAAUUAAUGGUCCCCAACAAUUAAGAGCAACUUUCUAAAUCCUGGGAAAUUGUGGACUACACAAAGAAGCUAAAUUUUUAUUACAAGUUGAUUUUAGUUGUGAAGGAUUUGAUUAAAUGCUUGGCAGAUAUGGACCCUGGUGGCCUUUCUGAUUGGAACCUGCAAAAGUAAGGUGUUGGGGAGCAACCUUGUAGGAAUUUCCUAAGUUAUUGAGUACUUCUGUUUGAGUUUGAUUUAUGUAUUUAUGAGUGGAUGUAGUAUGAAUAUUUUCAAAAGAAAGAAAUAAAAGUAAAGGGCAUUAUGGAA